AUGUCUGGUUUUGACCGCUUGGGACGAAAUGGAGAUAUGAUGCGCAGAGCAGGCGAUGAAGCACAACGAAACCGUGAAAUGGGAGACCGAGUCGAUAGACGAGAGGAACAAAGACGAGAGCAGCAAAUUCGGGACGAAGAGAAUGCGAGACGCAUUGAGGAGGAACGACAGCAAAGGGCCCAAGACAGAGCCGAAGCCGCCAGAAGAGAACGAGAGCUCGACGAUGCCUAUGCUCGUUCUGAAGAGCGAGGAAGAUAUCAGCAGGAUAUGAGCAGUGCGUCGCAGAGUGCUGGGUGGGUUAGUAAGGGGAAGCGCGCCCAUCGUCACAAAAAGUACUGA